UAGAAUAGAUGCGCCCAGAGAUCCACACGUGUUUUGUUCCAGGGAUGUGUGGUCCCUGGGUUUUGAUCGGUUAGAAAAUAUUUUCAUAUAAUUACGGAAAAAAUCAAAAGGAAACAAAAUGGGAAAGAAAUCAAAAAUAGGAAAGGCCAGGAAGGACAAGUUCUACCACUUGGCCAAAGAAACUGGCUAUCGGUCUCGUUCCUCCUUCAAGUUAAUUCAGCUUAACCGUAAAUUCCAGUUUUUACAAAAAGCCAGAGCGUUGGUUGACUUGUGUGCAGCCCCAGGCGGAUGGCUGCAAGUGGCUUCAAAGUUUAUGCCCAUCUCCAGCCUCAUUAUUGGUGUGGAUUUGGUGCCUAUCAGAGCUAUCCCUAAUGUGGUGACUCUACAGGAAGACAUCACUACUGACAAAUGCAAACAGGCUAUUCGGAAGGAGCUGCAGACCUGGAAGGUGGAUGUUGUCCUCAAUGACGGUGCGCCCAACGUAGGUGCCAACUGGCAGCAUGACGCCUUCACCCAGGCUCACCUCACCCUCAUGGCCCUGAAGCUGGCCUGUGAGUUCCUGAACAAGGGGGGCUCCUUUAUCACCAAGGUCUUCCGCUCCAAGGACUACCAGCCGCUGCUCUGGAUCUUCCAGCAGUUCUUCAAGAAGGUGCAGGCCACCAAGCCCCAGGCCUCCCGAAAUGAGUCUGCUGAGAUCUUCGUGGUCUGUCAGGGUUUCCUUGCCCCGGACAAGAUUGACAGCAAGUUCUUCGACCCCAAGCAUGCUUUCAAAGAGGUGGAGGUUCAGGCUAAGACCGUGAAGGAGUUGAUCCCUGUCAAGAAGCCCAAGGCGGAGGGAUACACCGAUGGUGAUCUGACCCUCUAUCACAGCUUCACGCUGACAGAGUUUCUCAAAGCUGAGAACCCUGUGGAUUUCCUGGGCAAGGCCAGCACGAUCACUUUGGACAGCCUAGAGCUGGAGUCUCAGGAGAUUACUACAGACGAGGUCAAAGAGUGUUGCCGUGACAUCAAGGUGCUGGGCCGCAAAGAUCUCCGUCUGCUGCUGAACUGGCGGACCAAGCUGAGGAGAUAUCUGUCCAAGAAGAUCAAGGAUGAGGCCAAGCAACGCGACCAGGAGAUUGUCCUGAACUCUGACGAGGAGGACGACGACAGCGACACCGACGUGAAACCGGAUAAGCCCGUCAAGGUGGACGCGGCGGAGGGGCAGGGGGAGACCGCCACGGAGAAGGAGGACGAGGCGGAGAACGAGGCGAUGGUGACGCAACUGGCGGAGUUGAAGGCCGAGGAGAUCGCCGAUCUGAGACGGAAGAAGAAGAAGCUGUUGAAGGAGAGGAGGAAGCAGAGGGAGAGGGUGGAGCUGAAGAUGGACCUGCCCGGUGUCUCCAUCGCCGACAACGAGGACACGGCCAUGUUCUGUCUCAGUAGCAUCAAGGCCAAGGCCUUGGGGGAGAUCUCCAAGGGGGACAUGCUGGCUGCCGACAGCCUGGUGGAGGGAGAGGAGCACUUUCACAUCUCCGAAGACGAGGAGGACAACGAGGAGGACAAGAUGUCCCUGGCCUCUGACCUAGAUGAGGAAGAGAGGGACGAGGUGGAGGAGCAGGAGAUGCAGCUGGAUAUGCUGGAGAAGCAGAAGAAAAAGGUGGCCUUGAAGACGGCAAAGGCAGCAGCCGAGAAAGAGAAGGAGGAAGAGGAGGAGGAGGAGGAGAAGGGCCCAGGAGGUCUGCUGGUGGACCUUGAAGACAAAGAUGUGAAGAGAGAGCGUGAGACCAACCUGUGGUUCAGCAAGGGGAUCUUCUCCGAAAUCGACCUGGAGAAGGACGCGGAGACUGAACUCCAACAGACCGAGAAGCUGCAGAGCCAGGAGGCACUAGAACAAAGCCGUGAGGUGGAGGAAGAGGAGGUGACAGCUGACCAACCAGAGGCGGAGGCGGGACCAACACAGAAAACCGAGGAUGCAUAUAACAGCGACUCGGACUCGGACAGCAGUGAUGAUGAACCGGACAUUACGACAAUGAGGCGAGGCAAAGGGGCCGGCGGGCUGAAGGCCAAAGCCGCUAAGGAGGACUUCCAGGUUGUUCCCGUGGAGCGCAGCAACAAGAGACACAGAGUGCUGGAUGCAGAAGGCUUGGCCCUGGGCUGUCAGAUCGCCUCGUCCAAGAAGCGGGGCAGAGACCUCAUGGACGACUCCUUCCACAGGUUCGCCAACUCCGAGGGCCAGUGGGAGGUGCCCGAGUGGUUCUUCGACGACGAGCGGAAGCACCGCAAGAAGCCGGUGCCGGUGACCCAGGCGAUGGUGGACGAGUUCAAGCAGAAGUGGAAGGAGAUCAACGCCCGGCCCAUCAAGCGCGUGGCCGAGGCCAAGGCCAGGAAGAAGAAGAGGAUGCUGAAGAAGAUGGAGUCGGCGAAGAAGAAGGCAGAGGCCGUGGUUGACACAGUCGACAUCUCCGAAAAAGAGAAAAUGUCUGCGCUCAAGAGCAUCUACAAGAAGGCGGGCGUGGGGAAGGAGGAGAAGCGGGAGGUGACGUACGUCGUGGCCAAGAAGGGCUCCGGGGGCAGGGUGGGCCGGCCGUCCGGCGUCAAGGGACACUUCAAGGUGGUGGACAGCCGCAUGAAGAAGGACAUGCGGGGCUUGCAGCGCAAAGAGCAGCGCAGCAAGGGCGGGAAAGGCGGGAAAGGCAAAGGCGGCAAGCCCGGUAAAGGCGGGAAACCCAAGGGAUCCAAACCAGGGAAAGGAAGAGUACCGAAGGGCGGAAGGAAAGGAAAAUGAGCUUUGGACCGGUGACUGGUGGACUUUUUCUUUUUCUGUCUCUUUGUUCUUUGGAAGGCAGGUCUGAGAGGUCGAAUGGAGGGCAUCCACAGAGCCACGACGGCGGCCACAUCUUGGGCUUGUGUCGUUGGUGGAAGUCAAAGUUGACAACCUUUUAUAAUAACCUGUUGACCUUCACAUUGAUGAUGCAUUAGUCUUGUGAAGUUUGGAAAGCUUUCAGGUGGCUAAUUAUAGGAUGUCGGUUUCUCUCUGUAUAGGCUAUUUGUGUGUGGGCUAAUUAAAACCAAUCAAUGGAUGACUUUGCUCUAUAAUACACAUAAAAUAUGAAUGCAUAUACGUAAUAUUACAAAUGUUUGUAAAUGUCACAUCAUUGGCAACCUUUAGCUGAUAUUGCAUAUUUUGCAAUAGAAAACCAAUAAAAAAAACAUCUACAAUA